ACCAGUUUUCUUCGAUCUUCUUUUAUAUAUUUUUCUCUAAGUUCUUGAAACAAUGGCAGGUGGUGGAGAGGAUCAUGCAAUAGGGAUUGACUUGGGGACAACCUAUUCGUGCGUGGCAGUGUGGCAGCACGAUCGAGUUGAGAUAAUAGUGAACGAUCAAGGCAACAGAACUACUCCAUCUUAUGUUGCCUUCACUGAUACUGAGCAAUUGGUAGGAGAUGCAGCACUUAACCAGAUCAUCAAAAACCCUACCAACUCGGUCUUUGAUGCUAAGCGAUUGAUAGGUAGAAGAUUUAGCGAUGCAUGUGUUCAAAGUGAUAUGAAGCUUUGGCCAUUCAAGGUCAUUGAAGGUCCUAAUGACAAGCCCAUUAUUGUUGUGCAAGACAAGGGCCAAGAGAAACACUUCGCUGCUGAAGAAAUAUCAUCCAUGGUACUCGCAAAGAUGCAUAAAGUUGCUGAGGCCUAUCUUGGAUCAAGUGUAAAAAAUGCUGUUAUUACUGUCCCUGCUUACUUUAAUGACGCACAACGUCAGGCUACCAAAAAUGCUGCUGAAAUGGCUGACCUAAAUGUGAUUCGUAUAAUAAAUGAACCAACUGCUGCAGCCAUUGCUUACGGCCUUGAUAAGAAAACCGGUUCAGAGAGCAAAAGAACUGUGAUGAUAUUUGAUUUAGGUGGUGGUACUUUAGAUGUGUCACUACUAGUAAUAGGUCAUGGCGUCUUUGAUGUGAUGGCCACCGCUGGAGACACUCAUCUUGGAGGUGAAGAUUUUGAUAACAAAAUGGUGAACUAUUGUGCCGAGCAAUUCAAGAGGAAGCACGACUUGGACGUUAGUGGGAACUUGAGAGCUCUUACGAGGUUGAAAAAUGCUUGUGAGAAGGCAAAGAGGAGACUGUCAUUCGCAUCUUCAGUUGACAUCGACAUUGAUUGUUUGGACCAGGGUGUAGAUUUCAGUGCAACUAUUACCCGUGCCAAAUUUGAACAACUGAACAUGGAAUUCUUUAAAAAGUGCAUGGAGCCUGUGAAGAAGUGUUUGAGCGAUGCUGGCAUGGACGCAAGCAGUGUGGAUGAUGUUGUUCUUGCUGGCGGCUCUUCUAGAAUUCCCAUGGUGCAACAGCUACUACAAGACUUGUUCCAUGGGAAGGAGUUGUGCAAGGGCAUCAAUCCGGAUGAGGCGGUUGCCUAUGGAGCCGCCGCUCAAGCUGCAGUCUUAAGUGCUUGUGGUCACAAUAAUGGGAAUAGGCUUCAACUUUUCACUCUCUGUGAUGUCACCCCUCUGUCACUUGGGUUGGAGAGUACCGAACCUGACAGUUUCAGGAAACACAUGAAUUUUUUGAUCCCAAGAAAUUCCAGCAUCCCUGUAAUGAAGAAGAGCACUUUCACUACAAUUUAUGAUAACCAAGCUUCCAUAAGCUUUCCCAUCUACGAGGGUGAGAGUACUACACCUGCAGAGAAUAACUUUUUGGGUGAAUUUUCCCUUGAUGACAUUCCUGCAGCUCCUGCGGGAGCUCCUAAUUUUGAGGUUUGCUUCGAUAUUGAUGCAAAUGGUAUCUUGAAUGUCUCUGCCGAGGACAUGUCUACUGGAAGAAAGAAGGGGAUUACAAUCAAUAUGGAAAAAAGAAGCUUGGGAACUGAGAAGAUGAUGUGACAAUUUAUAUUCUUGUUCAAGGCUAUUACUGUACUACCUUGCUGGUUAUUUUGCUAACAGAUUUUUCUUGUUUCAUUCUUCUUUAAGGCUAUUACAAGUGUUUUUCAUUAC